GUCAUUCAGCUUAGUGAACUCGCACGGUAUACAUGUUAUUUUUCGGCUGGGGUUUACACAAUGGACGACAUGGAGCGAGCCACGUGUUCGGAAGACAUAAAUAACAAUUUAAAGAAAAUUCUGUUUGAAUUAAAGAAACAGCAAGUUGAUAUAACUUCUUUGAAACAGCAAGUUAGUUUACCAGUGUCGUCUAAACAAGACCAUAAUGACAUUAAAUGGAAAUAUGAAGGAAACAAAAAGCAAUAUGAUUUCAAUUGUGAUGUCCAUGAAGGAAUCAAGCAAUGCAUGUGGGCAAUUGAAAACCAGAAAAGCGACUACGCAAAGGAAGUUUUAUCGGAGGUUGCCAAGAAAAUUCACACGAGAAAUAAACACAUAAGGAUAGCGGAAACGUCAGAAGGCGGGUGGGAAACUUUCAAACAGUAUGAACAGAACCCCCUCGCGAGUGACUCAGAUGACGAGUCGAGAAUCAAUAGGGCGGAUUCUAAAGCUCUAAAGAAAAAGAAGGUUAAGCAGGCGAAGUUAAAGAAAAAGUCAGCCGUCCUGUAUGGACACUCGGACGCACUCCGUCAGUUGCUUGAGGGACAGGCAGGAACACGUCCGGCGCCGUACCCGUUACCACAGAGGCCCACACCACCGUCGAUUGGUUCUUUUCGUGGCUACUCUGGAUGGGGUCCCCAGCUCGGGCCAUGCUUCGCGUGUGGACAGGUCGGUCACAUCCGGCGGACGUGCCCCACCACCAGAGGGCAGCAAGCGAGCGCUCAGGCCAGGAAGUACUGAUGCCACUGAGGCGAGCCCACCCGUGACCGAAAGUGCUGUAUUUAAAGAUCUGUUUUUUCAGAGACAUGCAGAUGACAUAAACGCGCUGCCUGACGUCUUGGUGGGGGGAGUGUCCUUGCUGCCAGAGUUACUCAAAGAAUCAAGAGCUAUGAACACAUCAGAGGCAUACAGAAGGGGGUUUAAAAGGUGGUGUGAUUGGGCUUUGAGUAAUAACUUAACCAGUGAGGAUACUUUUCCCGCCAAGGCGUUUCAUGUGGCUUUAUAUAUGACAUCUUUAAUUCAAACUGCUCAGUCACCAAGUCCUAUUGUGAAUGCUUUUUAUAGUAUAACGUGGUAUCAUGACUUGUUGGACUUACAAUCACCAACCGAUUCUAAUUUAGUUAAAAAUGUGUUAGAGGCUGCUAAGAGGAGACUAAGCAAACAUUCGAAUAGAAAAGAACCAAUUUCUGUAUCUGUACUUGAACAAGUUUUUCACUGUUUGUAUAAAGAAAAUAAUGUGUUUAAUCAAAGGACAAUUUGUGCACUGUUACUUUCCUAUGCUGCAUUUUUAAGAAGUAGUGGGUUGUUGAAUUUAAAGAGAUGUGAUAUUAUUAUUUACCCAAUGUAUAUGAGUAUUUUUAUUCAGUCAUCCAAGACCGACAAGUAUCGGGAUGGAGCAUGGGUGCCUUUAGCUAGAACUGGUACUGUUUUAUGCCCAGUAGUUAAUCUUGAAAGAUAUUUUGUGUGGGCUAAGAUACCAAGUGAUUCAGAAUGUUUUGUCUUCUCUCAACUGUCAAAAACAAAAGAAGGUUUUAAACUAAGGCAAUGUGAUAAACAUUUAUCAUACAGCAAUUUAAGAAAACUUUUCAUUGAUGCUAUCAAACCUUUUGUAAGUGAUAUAAAAUGUUAUGGUUUACAUUCAUAGAGAUCGGGUGGAGCCACAGCGGCAGCUAACAUGGGUAUUCCUGACCGUUUGUUUAAGCGUCACGGACGAUGGUCCAGUGAGUCCGCGAAGGAUGGUUACGUUAAGGAUUCGAUAGAUGACAGGCUAAGGGUGUCUAAGUGUUUAGGUUUGUAAUUGUUAUAAUUAUGUAAAUAUUAAGAACAAUUGUUAUAAUAUUUAUUUGUUGACAAUUAUGUUACGUUUAGUAGCCCGUUCUUUUAAUUCAGCCGGUAUGCGAGUCCCUGCGGCUAGUACCAAAAAACAGAGUUUUUGUUUGUUUGCUAUAUAGGCAAAGGAGGGAUGUAAGGGAAAUAUAAUUUUCUGAAAUUUAUUGGAUGAGUCGAAAAUUACUUUCCCUUCAGUAUGAAUUUGCCGCUAGAGGCGCUCUAGAAGCACGAGGUGUUCGUGCAUGGUUAAAACGUGGUCAGUUUUCGUCAUUCAGCUUUGGGAACUCGCACGGUUUACAUGUUAUAUUUUUUUUUAAAUAAUGUGUUAAUAUUUCAUAUUAUGGAAAUUAUAUAUGAAAUUGAAUAAUUGAUAUAUGUAUUGAACUAAAUUUACAUAGAAUGUCACUGUAUGAUGACUGUUAGAAAGAUUGUAUUAUGUGAUGUAUGUUUGACGUUUUGAUGAUGGUUAUUAUGUUAAGUAUAAUAAUAAAUGGACAGCCGGUAUGCGAGUCCCUGCGGCUAGUACCAAAAAACA